AAUACUGUUUUAUCUCGGCAUAAUGAGAACUUACGCCGAGCUUCUCCCUCUCUUCUGGCGGUCGACCGACUCGGGACUCCGGUCACUCCGGCCAAUCGCCGGAGAAAAAAAACAUAGAGGGUAAAGUAGGGUGCAUAAUGCAUUGGUGCAAAUGCAAUUCUGCUCACUAUGCCUGAAUCGGCCAGCGACAGCAUAAGCUGCAUGAGGUAACCCUGUUAACCAGCAUUUUCGGCUUUCCGCUGCACAUACGAUACGAGCUGUUGCCGUUCAUUUCCUAAUCAUCUCUAAAGUUCAAUUCUCCGCACGUGUCGAGGAUACCGAGCUGUCAGCGCUGCACGUCGCAAUCAGUCACGAUGCACGAAUAUCGAGACGCGGACGCACGUUCGCACGCGGCCGCGCGGCCCCGUCCGUCCACUUGGAGCAACUUUUGACACGUAGGCAGCGUAGGAUUUCCACUAUAUCGUUGAAUUCAUGGUUAACAGGAAGAGGUAUAUCAACAGUGAAGCUGCGGCUACGUGGAGCAAUUCUUACAGUUGCCGGCGAUGCGAUCGAGACGGAUAAUCGACAUCGGAUAAGGAUCUUUAUCGAUCUCGUCAUACGAAGAUAAUACAACGAGAAAAAUAAAGUUCGUAACGCGACGCUGCGGCAAUAAAACGAUAAAAUAAAGUAUCGGUUUCGCUCCUCUCGCCACGUAUCGGCACUCACGUUGUUCUAUCAGUUUAUCUCAAUUCGUUUCAAAUAACGUUUGGUCAUCGCGAUCACUCACACGUCGGUCUUAUCUAAAAGCGAAGGAACAAAUCGUGCCGAAAGUGUUCUGUACAAUCGUUUCGUCGCCGAUAGGUAUGCACCGAGCCCGUUUAAGCACUCUCGCGGCAAGACUGUGGAGGAGAUCCGACGUGCCGGCGAUCCAUCGGAGAUCGAUCGCCGGCCGGGGCUCGCUUGUCUACGAGCCGGACGUCGCGGCCGCCCUGGAACAUGGUCUACCCAUCGUGGCACUGGAAUCGGCGAUCAUCACGCACGGCAUGCCGUACCCCGAUAACUUGAACACCGCGCUGAAGGUCGAGGACGCAAUCAGAAAGCAAGGUGUCGUACCUGCAACGAUAGGACUCAUAAAUGGCAAGGUGCACGUAGGCUUGAACAACGAACAGCUGGAGAUCUUGUCCAAAGCCGACUCCGCAAGGACGAUAAAGUGCUCGCGCAGGGAUAUCUCUUUCAUUCUGUCCCACGGAUUGAAUGGCGGUACGACGGUCAGCGGCACGAUGUUAAUUGCACACGUAGCUGGUAUUCCAAUUAUGGCAACAGGUGGUAUCGGUGGUGUUCACAGGGGAGCCGAGCUGACUCUCGAUAUCAGUGCCGAUCUGAUUGAGCUUGGACGCACGCCGGUGGCAGUUGUCUGCUCCGGUGUCAAAUCAAUCCUGGACAUUGGCAAGACUUUGGAGUACUUGGAAACUCAGGGAGUGCCGGUCGUGAAAAUAGGCGAAACGCCGGAAUUUCCAGCUUUCUACUGUUCCGAAACUUCGGACAAGAUAAAAGCGCCGUGCAGAGUCUCCAAUGCCAAGGAAGCAGCCGGUAUUGUGGAGACACAGGGAAUGUUGGGCAUUAACACGGGAAUAUUAUUUGCGGUCUCCAUUCCUGAAAAAUAUUCGUUGCAGCCUAGUGUCGUGGAUACUGCUAUUUCCGAGGCUCUAAAGAAGGCCGAUGCUAUGCGCGUAACGGGCAAGCAAGUUACACCGUUCCUCCUAAGUGAGCUCAACGUCAUUACGCGCGGACAGUCUCUCGAAGCGAACGUAGCGCUCGUGGAAAACAAUGCCAGGAUCGCAGCCGAAAUCGCUUUGAAUCUCUAUGAAAAGACAGCCCAUACAAGACCUGCUUCCGUACGAAUGAUGAAAUCAAAGCAAAAACCGACGGUGAUCGGUGCGUCAGUCCUGGACACGGUCUUGCAAGUGAAGGAGCCCGAAAUAAACCAUGACGGUGCGACGUACAACGGCCAAAGCAGAUGCAGCUGCGGCGGGGUCGGUCGAAACGUCGCCGACGCGCUGCUCCAACUUGGCUUGGAAAACACGCGUCUGAUAUCCGUCGUCGGCGACGACGAGCAAGGGAAGGAAAUUCUCAAGAGCCUAGGAGCCGGAGGCGAGACGGUGAAACGCACGUCGGACGUGGACACCGCGCGGUUCACGGUCGUCGUGGACGUCAAGGGUGAAUGUCGCUUCUGCGUCAGCGAAAUAGAGCCUUCCUUCGCCGCGAUCACCCCGCGGUUGAUAAAGGAGUAUCGGUCGCAUCUCGAAGAGGCGAGUCUCAUCGUUCUCGACGCUAAUCUCGAAUUGGACACCAUGCGCUACGUGCUCGACGUCGCGUCGCAAGCGAACAUUCCAGUCUGGUACGAGCCCACGGACGUUAAAAAGGCGGCGAGGAUAUUCCAGGUCGGACCGCAAUGGAGAGACGUGCUGCACUUCGUCUCGCCUAACCGGAACGAGCUGAGAGUCAUAGGCGAGCACUUCGACAUCCCCGUUACCGCGGACCCGGACCUGCAGCAGGCGGCCGCGAGAAGCGUGGCCGAGCAAUUGGUCGAACACAUUCCCGUCGUCGUGACCACCUUGGGGGCGCAGGGAGUGAUGGUGACCCGCAGAGCCUCGCAAGACCGGCCCUUCUACGACGAGCGUGGCCGACUGAUCGCCGAUUCCUCGGUCGCGUCCCGACUCUAUCCCAUCGUCAAUGGCGCGGAAAGGACGGGCGAGAUACUCAGCGUGAGCGGCUGCGGGGACUGCCUCACGGCCGGGAUCAUCUACGGGAUACACAAGGAUCUCGACGAGAUCGGUUGCGUCUCCGUGGCUCUGAGAGCCGCCGCGCUCUCGCUGAGGUCCUACGACGCGGUGCCGCGGACGCUCCGAGACGCUCUGCGGAGAUGAAUUUUAACGAUUUUAAUGUUUAUACUUUUAUAAAUUUUUUUCACCAAUUGAUUACGACUAAGCUAAGUUUUAGAGCUUGAACUGUUGGAUCUACUUUUAGCAAAUAAAACGUUCUCUAAUUACUCCGUUA